AAUCAUUAAAUGGAUCAAGUUGAUAUGAUAAAUGAUGAAGAAUAAUCACCACUCCAUAUAAAGCGAGAACUUGAUAUUGAUAUACCUUAUAGAGUGGCAUUUCCUACAUGUUUAAAAUAAUAACAAAAUGAUACUAAUAAAACAAUUGAACAUUUGGAAAUUGAUGAAGCAUUAAUAUAAGCAGAAACAACACCAAAAACCUAGAUUGAUAUUUCAUCACCUCGUUUACCAUUCUUAACACAUUCUCAAAUAAUGGGAAUGAAUCAAGAUGAAGAUGAACUUCCUAUUAAUAAAUCUUCCUUAAGAUAUCCUCUGUCAGCCAUUCCUGAAGAACUUACUCCCAGUAAUAUACCUGAUGUAUUAGAAUUCAUUCUAUUUAAGCAAUCUAAAGUAUCCAAUCAAGAUGUUAUUAUUGAUAACAUCAGUUUAGUAAAUAGUUAAUAGUUGAAAUUUAGUAAGAAAUCUUCAGAAACUAAUAAAGAUGUAUUAUCACAUAUUAACAUGGAUGUUAGUAAAUUUAAAGAAGAAGUAAUUAUAAUCUUAAAUAAUAAGCUUAAAGAAUAAAUUAUUUUAUUAGAAACUAAAAUUUAAGAAUUAGAAAAAGAAAACUUUAUACUUAAGAAGAAGUCUAAUCAAGAAAAAGUUAAAUAUAUUGAAUUACAAAUGGAAACUGAAUAUAAGAUUACAUCUUUAAAUGAAUAAUUUUAAGAUCAGGAGGCUCAUUAUCAAAAAUAAAUUACUAUCUAUAAAAAUGAUCUAAAUAAUGCAAAAUAAUAAAUUAAUCUCUACAAAUAAUAGAUCUUAUAGCAUGAUAAUUAUAUCCACUAAUCUACAUAAUCACAAAUUCAAUUAAUUUAUAAUCAUUCUAUUUAAUAAACUCAUCAUUAAUCCAAUAAAUAAUUAUCCUUAUCCUAAUCCUUCAAUGAUUAAUUAUGUAAACAAUAAAAAAAUUAAUUACUUACUUAAGUCUAAUAUGAUUUUGUGUGUUCUAAAUUAAUCAAAAUCAUUAGCAAAAUUGAUUAAAAAAUAGAUAGUCAUAAUAAAGAUUUAUUUGAUCUCAUCUAAAUAUUAGAAGAUAGAGUUCAAUAAUUUGUGAAUAUAGAAGAAGAAGAAAAAAUUGAUGAAAAUAGAACCUUGCUCUCUACAUUGAAAAUGGAAUUGGGAGAGAUUAAAUCAAUUAGAGGAUAAUUAUCAAGAAUAUUUUAAGAGCAUGAUUCAUUUAUUCAUAAAAGAAAUAAUGAUAAUCAAAAUGAUAUUAGAAUAAAUGAAUUGAAUCUUUAAAUUUUAGGAAUUAAGUAAGAAAAAUUGGAGUUAAUGGAAUUGAAUUAAAAAUAAUAAAAUCAAAUAAAUUAGCAAAGUUAAAUGAUUAUUUAAUUGUAAUAAAAGAUUAGUAAGAUAUAUCAUUUAAUUAUUAGAUAAUUCAAUAUAAACAGAUACUUAAAGAGUUUAAACUCAAUUUAUACGUUAAAUGUAAACAAUUUCUGAUGUUAAAAGUAUUAAGGAAUAAUUAAAAUAGAAAUAAGAGAGUAUAAAGUAUAUAUGUACAAUAAAUUUAGAAAAACAUUUAGAUCAUAGAACUCACCUUAGAGCAGAUCUGAAAAUGCUUCUCCUACUUUAAAGUUUCUAAAUUCACCAAAGUAAUUAAUUUAAAAAUAUCUAUAGAAAUUCAAAUCAUGCUUCUAAUUAUUAGAAAUUGUAAUAGAAUGAUAAAAAAUAAUAAUUUUAUAAUCGAACAUCUGAUUUUAGUGUUGAUAAUAAUUCAAUACAUCAAACAAAUACACAGAAUAUUAAUAAUAGUGUUCAUUAGAGUAGUGAAAUAAUAUAGAAAUUAAUUGAACAAUUUAGAGGGGAUACAAAUAAUAAAGUAUAAAAAAAAUCAGGUUAUAUAAAAAAGAAUUGA